GAAGCCGCCCUUGAAGGCGUUCCCUUUCGCGUUGUUGACAAGAACAAGCGGUCUCGUUUCCAGCUUUGCGACCUGACCAAACUGAUGCUUAUCGUUACCCGGCGCAAAUCGUUCGCUGCUCCUCAUGGCAAAGGAGACGAAGAGUGGCAAGCUGUUGCUGACGAACUCAAUGCUGUCGAUACGACAUCAUUCUCGCUAAGGGCAUGCCGAGACAAAGUUGCUGCUUUGAUCAAGAAGCACAAGCAAGAGUCAGCAGCCAGUCGCCGGGCAAGUGGAGUUGCUGAAGAGCACACGAUGCUGAGCGACCUGAUUGAAGCUUACUGGCAGUUGAAGUAUCAAUUUGAAGAGAAGAAGCAAGCUGCCAGCGACGAAGCCAAGCGCAAGCAGAAACGCCUAGCAACAGCUGGGGGUAGUGCCAUGAGUAAAGCUGCUCUGAGGUACGUUAGAUCGCUGGUAGCUUAUGAGGUGGCUCAAUCCAUACUGCUGUUGCGUUGUGCCUAUAGACUAAAGAGACGAAAGAUAGCUGCGGUAAUGGAAGGUGUACGGCGUACACCUCCAACGUCGGAUGAAGACGAAGAGAAAAAUGACCAAUAUUGUCGUCGAGCCACACCUCGCGACCGCGAAGACUAUCGUGAAAUGGUCGGGAGUGACUACAGCAGCGGAGGCGAGGGCUAUGCAUUAGAAGUCGAAGAACACAAGCAUGAAGAAGAUGAUGAGCGUAUUUGUGUUGACGAAGACAUCGAGGAAGAGGAGGAGGAGGAGGAGCCGCCGAUUACCAGGAAGCGACUUCGUGUCAGCGAGAUAUGGGUCAAAGAGGAAGAACGGAUGGAAAGGGAGAGGUGCGCUCAAGCAGCAAGAGACCGGGACCUUACCCGAGUUGUCGAAGGCUUGUCCAACCAAACCAAAAUGCUCGUUGAUUUUUUGGUGAGCAGCAACACACCUCGAACCAACCGCCAGUAGCUUGCUGCAACCUCUCCUAUCGCGACUUCAUGUUGCGCAGUUUUUGAUUUUUUUUAAGCGUGGGCGUCACCACAGCGGCCACUAUCCGACGAUUAAUUCAUCGAUUUUGAAAUAG